UCAUAUAAUGUAUUCUGUUACCUGUUGUUGUAAAUUAUUUACUUUUAUUACUUAUUGGUUCAAUUCAAUUCUAACCAGAUUAGAAUUAAUGUAGAGCUAGUUAUGAUCAAGUCAUGUCUCCCUGUAAAGUCACCCAAAUACUUUAAUUUUUCCACCUAAGACUCAAAAACUCGGUUCGAUGGGCAGCAAGGGCAAGGCGGGUCUGGACUUCACCGGCAAGGUGGUGUUAAUCACGGGUGCAGCCUCCGGUAUCGGGGCCGCCACCGCCGAAAUGUUCUCCAAGCUGGGCGCCUGCCUGACGCUGGUGGAUCGGGAGGAGGAGGGACUCAUAAAUGUGAUGAAGAAGUGCAUGCAGACGGGCUAUGAGCCCUACGGCAUAGCCGGGGAUCUGCUCAAGCCGGUGGAGAUGGAGUGCGUUGCGAGGAAGACCAAGGAGCGCUUUGAAGGCAGACUGGAUGUCCUGGUGAACGGGGCGGGCAUCAUGCCCACGGGCACGCUGCAGAGCACGGAACUUUCUUGCUUCACGCACGUAAUGGAGGCCAAUGUGAGGUCCAUGUUCUACUUGACCAAGUUGCUGCUCCCUCAGCUUGUCCAGUGCCAGGGUAGCAUCGUCAACGUGUCCAGUGUCUGUGGGCUGCGCGCCUUUCCCGAUCUGGUGGCCUACAACAUGUCCAAGGCAGCUGUGGACCAGUUCACCCGGUCCUUGGCGCUGGAUCUGGGUCCUCAGUGUGUCCGAGUGAACUCGGUUAAUCCGGGGGUAAUUCGCACCAAUCUUCAAAAGGCCGGUGGCAUGGACGAACAAAGCUAUGCAGAAUUUCUAGAGCGCUCCAAGGAGACCCAUGCCCUGGGCAGGAUUGGGGAGCCAACGGAGGUGGCGUCCGCUAUUUGUUUCCUGGCUAGUGAACUGGCUAGCUUCGUGACAGGAGUCAACUUUCCUGUGGACGGGGGAAAACAACUUAUGUGUCCACGCUAAUCCCUACCAAAGAGUCAAAUCCCUUCCUGUCCUGCCUACCGCCUUCCUCUUUUAGUUGUUGCCCUCCGAUUCACUAACAAAAUAUAAAAUUUUAAGUGUCAUUUAAAAAAUGAAAUUAUUUUACACACUGCAAUUUCGGAGGAAGCUUUAUAGUUGAAUCCAAUUUUUUGGCAAUCCUUAAUUCAAAAACCAAAAACAUCACUUUAAGAUUGGUUUUGUUUUCUUGAAAUAGUGAGUACUGAAAAAAAUUAAAUUGAAUUAGAAUUGUUUAAGAUUGAAAAAAAUGUUAGAAUUUUAAGCAAAAUGUUAUUAAACACAUAAAAGAUGAUCAGUAAUUAGAGAGGACCGUAAAUAAGAGUCAUAGGACACAAAAAAAUCACAGCCAAGAAAAACCUAAAAAAAAAAUCAAUUUAUUUUUAUAAAAAUAAAGUUUAGGAAUCAUUUUUGAUCUUUACU